CCUAACUGAAUUCAGUAUCAUAACUCAAAAGCCUUUGCAGUAGCAGUACAACAGCCAUAGCAGCGCAAUCACUAAAGUAUCGCCAGCAAACAUCCUAAGCAAUCAAUUCAAUAUGAAGACAAUCGUACUUUUCGCUGGACUCAUCUGUGCUUUCUGCCUCUUCCAUGCCACCAAUGCAGCGCCAGCUGAAACAACUGCUCUGGAGCUAGAGCCGGAAUUCGACCAAUUGGCCGUACUGAAUGAGGAAUCUGUGUCUGAGUUGAGUCGCCAAAAGCGCGCCACAUGCGAUCUACUUAGUGGCACUGGCGCUAAUCACAGCGCUUGUGCGGCCCAUUGCAUACUUCGCGGCAAUCGUGGCGGUUAUUGCAACGGUCGCGCUGUUUGCGUCUGUCGUAACUGAAAAGAGCGAGGUGAAAUAUAAACCAGUGGGAGACAGUUAUACGCUUAUUUUUUGAAAAUACAAUUUGAAAUAUGUAUAUGUAUAUGUAUAAGAAUGUACGCUUGAAAAAAAUAUUAUAAUUAAAAUUAAAAAAAUUUACUUUAUACUCAAAAUAUAUGUAUAGAAGUCAUAAGUAUUGGAAUUGAAGGCUUUUCUCUAUAAAAGUUUCGCUCAGAUACCCAGCAAAGGCUGUUCUCUCUGGAUAUGAAUUUCUGGAUAGUACUUGGUAGGAAAUCUGAAGAAGUACUAAACUCUUUGACUUAUUAUUAAUAAAUUGCUAAAACUCUC